UCUGUCUUCCUACAUGAAGUUUUAUCUCAAGACUGGAAUACUUGUUCAAGCUGUUUCUAUCAUAGAACCACUUCCCGGAAGGAUUCUCCUAACACUUCGCUGAGGAGAGAUCAGCUCUUUCUGAUUCUAGAUUGUAUUGAGUCCUUUCUGGCUGCCGAUAAACUAAGCCACCAUCCUAGGGCAAUGACGAUCCUUAGAAAACUCUUGGUCUAUCGCCGGUUCCUGCUCAUUCUUUUUACUCCCAUUCUGCUACUUCCAUUGCCACUCAUCAUCAGAACCAAAGAAGCAGAAUGUGCAUACACAUUGUUUGUGGUGGCCAUAUUUUGGCUGACCGAGGCUUUGCCCCUGGCCGUUUCAGCACUACUUCCUGCCUUGAUGUUUCCAUUGUUUGGGAUUAUGGCUUCCAAACAGGUGGCAUCUGCUUAUUUCAAAGAUUUUCAUCUGCUAUUAACUGGAGUGAUUUGCUUGGCGACAUCCAUAGAAAAAUGGAAUUUGCACAAAAGAAUAGCCUUGAAAAUGGUGAUGUUGGUGGGAGUUAACCCUGCAUGGCUCACCCUUGGUUUCAUGAUCAGCUCUGCCUUCUUGUCUAUGUGGCUUAGCAACACCUCCUGUGCUGCCAUGGUGAUGCCAGUCGUAGAGGCCGUAGCUCAGCAAAUCAUUAGUGCUAAAGCAGAAGCUGAUGCUCUAGAAAUGACUUAUGCAAAUGGAUCCACCAAUCAUGCAUUGGAACUUGAUGAAAAUAUUAAUGAUUGUGAAGGAGUUGAUGGGAAAGAGAAAACAAAGCAAGCUAAUGGAUACAGCAAUGGAUCUGUUCAUACUGCUCAUGCUGUGUGCCACGUUGAAAAAGAAACGAAGCCAGAAGCCAGUGAAGGAGGAGGAAAAUACCAAAACCAAAGGGACCACAAUAUAUGUAAAAUCAUGUGCCUGUGUAUUGCCUAUUCGUCUACCAUUGGAGGACUAACAACCCUCACUGGAACUUCAACCAACUUAAUAUUUGCUGAGCAAUUCAAUACAUGGUACCCUGAUUGCCAGUGCAUUAAUUUUGGAUCCUGGUUUAUUCUUUGCAUCCCCAUCACUAUCAUUAUUUUGCUACUGUCUUGGAUUUGGCUACAGUGGCUGUUCUUGGGUUUUAAUUUCAAAGAACUGUUCCAGUGUGGCAAGGCAAAGUCAGCUAGUGAACGGUCUUCAGCCCAAGUGAUAAAAGAUGAAUACAAGAAACUUGGACCAAUAAGCUAUCCAGAGAUUGUCACCCUGGUGCUGUUCUUUCUAAUGGCCCUGUUAUGGUUUACUCGAGAUCCUGGAUUUGUUUCUGGCUGGGCUUCCCUUUUUCCAGAAUACCGAGGUUUUGCGACGGAUUCUACAGUUGCCUUAAUCAUUGGCCUGCUCUUCUUCAUUAUCCCAGCAAAAACCUUGUCAAGAACAUCAAAUGGAGAAAAUAUUGUUUUUGAUUAUACCCCACUGAUAACUUGGAAAGAAUUUCAGGCCUGCAUGCCCUGGGAAAUUGCCAUGCUGGUUGGUGGAGGGUUUGCACUGGCAGAUGGCUGUGAGGUCUCGGGACUCUCACACUGGAUUGGAAGCAAAUUAACUCCUCUGGGCUCACUACCCGUAUGGCUGAUUAUCCUAAUUUCAUCCUUGAUUGUCACCUCAGUCACCGAAGUAGCCAGCAAUCCUGCUACAAUCACAAUUUUCUUGCCUAUCCUAGCCCCUUUGGCUGAAGCGAUCCAUGUGAACCCACUGUAUAUCUUGAUACCAACAACCCUCUGCACUUCAUUUGCAUUCCUGCUACCCGUAGCAAAUCCACCCAAUGCUAUUGUAUUUUCAUAUGGUCACCUACGAGUUACUGAUAUGGUCAAAGCAGGGCUGGGUGUCAAUAUCAUUGGAGUUGUCGUUGUCAUGUUUGCUGUCAUGACAUGGGCCGUGCCUCUGUACGAUCUCCAUACAUAUCCAUCCUGGGCACCCGUUCCAUCUGUCAACAAAACUGGACUUUAAAGAUUGACCACCUAGUUCCAUGUUCCUCCUUCUUAAGCAUGCAAGCUGAGAGACCUGUAUGGUACAACUGUGUAAAACUGUGUUGAAAGGGUAUUAUGCUUUAUGUACUUGGUUCCAAAGACUAGAUAUUUGGACAGUCAUAAAGCAAGAGUCUGAAUACUGUAGUAGGAAAUAAAUCUGUACAAGUGUCCCAUCAGUACUGGGUUCAGCUUAUUAGCAGAAUUAGCAUCUGCAGUUAUGAACAUUCAUUGUGAAUGGUAAUUUGCCUCUGUUCUGAGGGUCAUAAAAUGAUGUUGCACUUAAUAUUUGCCUGUUGAAAUGCCAAUGUAACCUUUCUAGAAAUAUUAAGGAGUCGAUCCUUCUAAGUUAAUGGCCAGUGUCUUACAGUCCUAACUUGUAAAAUAUUCUGUGAAUGCAUUAAUUCACAUAUUUGUGCAUAUGGAAUAUAUCAUGCCAUAAACGCCAGUGAAAUUUUUCUUCCCAAAUGGUAGUUACUUUUGGCAUGUAAUCAAAAUACCUUGUUAACAUAACAUGUGGAAGAAUUUGAUGGUGUCCACAUGAUAUCAUUGAAACAAUCAGAUAGAUCAGAUAAACAUUACAACUAGAAUAUUCUGUACCACAGCUUUAUGCUAUAUCAAAUCACGAUGGUUCCUCAUUGUAAAUUCCCAUAGGCCCUUAUAAAACCAGAAACGCUCACCAGGUCAUAUUGAUUAUGAUACUGAUGCUGAAAUAAAUGUCACUGUGUCACUGUAGGAUUUUUGUCACAACCCUUUUUCAAUAGAAUUUCCCCCAUAAUAUCCCAUUAUAUUGUAUUUCACAUGCUAUAGAUUUCAUUUUAUUUAUUUUUAAAAAAAUAAGUAUCAAAAAGAUUUUACUCAUUUACUUUGUUUCAAAAUAUAUCAUUAUAUACCUUCAUCUUAAUUUGAAAUCUUAGUCAAAACAUUAACAUAUAGUUACAUGUAAUAAUACCAAAUAGCAGUCCUAUUUAUUAUUUAAUAUUGGAAUAAAUUGUAAACAUAUAUGAUAAUCAUAUUGCAGAAAAUCCAUUUUUAAAAGCUAAUUCCAUAUUAGAAGUUUCAAAAGCACUUGUCUAUGUAGGGAAAUAUUGUGUGGUUGUUUAUUUAUUUAUCUUGUAGUUUUUUUUCCAUUCAGAAUAUGUCUUACAAAAAUGACUGUUGACUGUAUAUGUUCAGCCAGUGUUAAGCAUUGUAAAUCAGAAUUUCAUGAAACAGUAAACCACCUAUUUAAAAAAGAGCACCAGACAAACAUAGGAAAUGGCAAUGAUUGUUAAUGAAAUAUUGCACUCAUUUUAGUUUUAUUAGCAUAGGGAAGGAUUAACACCCCUGAAACAUUUGUUUUGCCGUCUGUGCCCCUGUUCAGAAGAUUUGACUUUCUGUCAUGGUGACAAUUGGAUUUUGAAAUUUUUUAAUUAUUCUGGUAACACGGAUUGGUGAUAAAGCUUCAGCAGAGAUACCUUUUCCCCAUGAUAUCUCUUACAGGAGUGAAUUCCCCUUCUUAGGGGUAGAUUUCCUCUUCCUUCUUGUUGUCAUACAUCCAUAACUAGGAGUUGGAUGUAAGUUGGAUGUUUGUAACUUGGGCUCUGCCUAUAUUUAUACUUGUGGUGUAGCACUUCUCAUAACCAAUGGCCUUGCAAGUUAAAAAGGUUUUUCUCAAGAUCCCAAUCACUUCUUCAUAUAAAGUAGUAUAGCUACCCCCCUCAAAAUAUGUAUUAACAUACAUAUAAAAUACAUGUAUUAAGAUAAAUGUACAUUGAAAUUUAUAUUUAAUAUAAAUGUUGGACCAUGACUCUAGAGUCCAGCAUUCAAUUCCGUGCUUGGACAUAGAAAUCCACUUGGUAAUCUUGAGUGAGUCACACACUCUGAAUCCUAGAAUAUAUAGUGAUAAACUUACAUUAGAGUCAUCAUAAGUAUGAAACUGUUUGAAGACACACAACAAAUUGACAUUGAUGGGAAUGUGUGCUGUGUAUGUAAUUAAAAACAUAUUGUACUAUAUAACUUUGUACAUGUUUUUAUUUUAUUUUAAUGUUUUUGAUUAAGUGAGACAUAAUGGACUCAUGAUUGGACACAUGCAUUAUUGCUAUAGUCCAGAAAUUGCUGGAUACCUUCACUCCUACAAGAUGCCACAUUGGUACAAUUCAGAUACUAUACAUUGGCAGAAUGUGCACCGCUAAGGGUAUAGUGGUAAUAACUCGUUACAUUGCAUGGUCAACAACAGCAACUCUCCAACUCCUGGCUUCUAGUCAGACCAUAAAAUAUUAUUCCAAUAUUUUUAUACUUUUAUUAAUUUUUAAACAACUCAUUGUCUUGAUAAAAACUAUUUAUAUCAUCUUCACACAAGGGAACUAUGUCAAAGUAUUUUAAAGGUUUUAAUUUACAACCACUAUACAUAUUAAGCAAUGCAAAGAUCACUCUCUCUAAGGCUUACAGCCAAAUCCUAACACAGAAGCAGACAAUAAUUGACAUGCUAGAGUUUUGGUCAAUAUCGGCCCCAUUUUUUGUAUCAUGGGUUUAUUGUCUGGGAAUUGUUUUAAACCAGUGGUUCCCAACCUUUGGGCCUCCAGGUGUUUUGGACUUCAGCUCCCAUUUUUUGUAUCAUGGGUUUAUUGUCUGGGGUUUUUGGGAAUUGUUCUAAACCAGUGGUUCCCAACCUUUGGGCCUCCAGGUGUUUUGGACUUCAGCUCCCACAGUUGCUAACAUCUGGUAAGCUGGCUGGGAUUUCUGGGAGUAGAAGUCCAAGUCCAACACCUGGAGGCCCAAAGGUUGGGAACCAUUGGUCUAAACUAUGGUGAGAGGGCAAAAAUGACCCAUUUCCAUUCUCACAUAUGAAAGUUAAUCCCAGUGAGUUCUUCCAAGCACUUCACAUUGACAUCUGUUCUUAAUAAUGACAAUGUGAAUUAGGAUCCACUUGUAAAUCUUUCACUCACUUGAUUUUUGAAGCUGCUUUUCAUGUCCCAUACUGUGACAUAGUACACAUAGUAUAUUGUAUACAGUAUAUUGUAUAUUAUUGUAUCAUGUUGUAAUUAUUUUUUUCAUGGAAAUAUUGGGAAAAACAUGAAUUAAGGUUGAGCAUCCUUUAUCUGGAAUUCUGAAAUCCAAAAUUGUCCACAUGAGUGGCUGCGGUAGUGACAUCUUUGCUUUCUGAUAAUUCAAUGUAAACAAGCUUUGCACAAAAUUACUAAAGAUACUAUAUAUAAUUACCUCCGGGGCAUAUGCAUAAGUUGUAUAUAAAACAUAAAUCAAUUUUGUGUUUAGACCUGGGUCCCAUCUCCAAGAUAUCUCAUUAUAAAAUAAAAUGAAAAUUUUUAAAAUCCCAAACACGUCUGGCCCAAGAAUUUUAGAUAAGGGAAACUCAACCUGUAGUACCUCUAUAAGAGAAUUAAGAAAAAGUCAUUUUUCUUUUAUACAGGAAUGCACCAAGUAUAUUUUUGUAUCUCAAAUGUGAACCAAAGUAGAAGCAAAUAUGUGUUUGCCACUGUACUUAUAGUAAUGUAUAUGAUACAGUAGGUUUGCACCUAUGUAAGAUCAAUAAAUCUAUCUUUAAGAUACAA